AUGUGGAAAGGCCCAGAAAUUGAGAAAACCUUGACAUGGAUUGAAAUUGAAGCUACCGUACCAUUAGUGGGGAAAAGUGCUAAGGCUCGGAGAAAAACUGUGCUCCGGAAAGUAUCCGGUGUGGCUCUGCCUCGUGAAGUUCUUGCAAUAAUGGGCGGAAGUGGGGCAGGAAAAACAACCUUGAUGAACAUCUUCGCGUUUCAAAGUUCCAAGGAGGUGGAGAGUAAAGGAGCAGUGCUGGUGAACGGAAGACCGAUGACAAAACUUGAAAUGCGAAGGAUGUCAGCUUAUGUCCAACAGAUUGACCUAUUUUGCGGCACGCUGACAGUAAAGGAACAGUUGACGUACUCUGCUUUGUUACGGAUGGGAAGUCAGUUCACUUACGAACAAAAGAUGAAAAAAGUGCAAGAAGUGAUCAAAGACAUGAAUUUGACGGACUGUCAAGACACUCUAAUUGGCAUACCGAAUCGGAGCAAAGGGAUUUCUGUAGGAGAGAAAAAGCGCCUAGCGUUCGGCAGUGAGAUUUUAACUGACCCCACCAUCUUGUUCUGUGAUGAGCCCACAACUGGCCUAGAUGGAUUCAUGGCGCAUCAGGUCGUACAAGCUCUUCAACUAAUGGCUGCAAAGGGCAAAACAGUGGUGACGGUAAUUCAUCAGCCCGGUAGCACAAUCUUCAAUAUGUUUGACAGGGUUUGUUUUAUGGCCCUCGGGAAGCCAGCGUACUUCGGCAGGGUCAAGGAUCUGAUCGAAUUUUUCAACGGCCUUGGCCAUCAAUCACUACGCGUACCAGAGUCCCAUAACCCAGCCGAUCACGUCAUUGCUAAACUCGCCGUCAACAACGAUACAAUCGACAAGGAUAUCAAGCGCGUCAAUUUCAUAACCGAGAUGUUCGAAGAAAGUUAUGCUGCAGAUGAAUUGAGAGACCUCAUACAAAAGACUUCUAUCAAGCCAGAAGGAGAUGUUGAGGAUGGUCCGGAGAAGCAUAGUAUGUGGGUGCCUGGGUUCUUACUGAAACCCUAA